CAGAGGAUCGCACAACACUUAGGGAAAGAGAAGGAUUCUCGCGGUUGGCGCCCGUUGGGGCAGCUGAGGGGUCGUUGUGAGGGGUUGACCCUGCCCGGCGCCUGCAGCGUGAGGCGAGGGUCGGGUGGUGUCCUGAGCAUCCCGUUUACGAAGACAAAAAUUGCGGCCCCGAGCGAGGGUCCGAGGGUCUGAGGAUGCCUUACAUGACUGAGCGAAUCAGGCGGUGGGCCCCGACUUGCUCUAGCCUUCCUCCUCCCCUUUAAGACGUUUUGAGACACAACUCCGGUUAGAAAGUAUUUAGGUAGUAGCCUGGGCGUGCACGAAGGAGACUUACAAAUGGCCAAUAAACUCGUGGGAAAGGAAAAAAAAAAAAAAAACAACAACAAACUAUGACUCCAGUAAUGAAGAAGAUGCCCAUUUAAGAUCUCAAAAGUAUUCUGGAUUUUGUCUCUCAAGCCCAAAAUAAGUGAACUGAUGGGCAAAAAAAUAAAGAAGGAAGUAGAGCCUUCUCCUAAGGAUGUGUUUGAUCCAUUAACGAUAGAAAGCAAAAAUGCAGCAACUGUGGUGUUGAUGCUUAACUCUCCAGAAGAAGAAAUUUUGGCUAAAGCAUGUGAAGCCAUUUAUAAAUUUGCUUUAAAAGGCGAAGAAAAUAAAGCAACCCUCCUUGAACUUGGAGCUGUGGAACCCUUAACUAAACUGCUGAUCCAUGAAGACAAAAUAGUAAAAAGAAAUGCUACUAUGAUAUUUGGAAUCUUGACUUCUAAUAAUGAUGUUAAAAAAUUGUUAAGGGAGUUAGAUGUCAUGGAUUCCGUUAUUGCCCAGCUUGCUCCAGAAGAAGAAGUGGUUACCCACGAGUUUGCUAGUCUUUGUCUAGCAAACAUGUCUGCAGAAUACACUGGGAAAGUGCAAAUAUGUGAACAUGGUGGAUUAGAGCCACUUAUCAGACUACUGAAUAGCCCAGACCCUGAUGUCCAGAAAAAUUCUAUUGAAAGCCUUUACAACUUGGUACAGGAUUUUCAAUGUCGAAUUGCACUUCAAGAACUAAAUGCAAUCCCUUCUAUGUUAGCUCUCUUGAAGUCUGACUAUCCAGUAAUUCAGUUGUUGACUCUGAAAACCCUGGGUGUUAUUACAAAUGAUAAAGAAUCCCUAACAAUGCUAAGAGAUAAUCAAGGACUGGACCAACUUAUUAAGAUCCUAGAAAGUAAGGAAUUGAAUGACCUUCAUACAGAAGCCCUUUCCGUGAUAGCCAACUGCCUUGAAGAUGCGGAUACCAGGGUGCUGAUUCAGCAGACAGGGGGGCUUCAAAAACUCCUAUCAUUUGCAGAAAGCUCUACAAUUCCUGAUAUUCAGAAGAAUGCAGCAAAAGCAAUUACUAAAGCAGCUUAUGAUUCUGAAAAUAGAAAAUUCUUUCAUGAACAAGAGGUUGAAAAGUGUCUUGUAACCCUUUUGGGUUCUGAAAGUGAUGGAACUAAAAUUGCUGCUUCCCAAGCUAUUUCGGUAAUGUGUGAGAGUUCGGGCAGCAAACGUCUUUUCAAUAAUCAUGGGAUUCCACAGUUGAUUCAGUUGCUAAAAAGUGACAAUGAAGAGGUGAGGGAAGCUGCAGCUCUAGCCCUGGCAAACCUCACCACUUGCAAUCCUGCUAGUGCAAAUGCUGCUGCUGAAGCUGAUGGCAUCGAUUCAUUAAUAAACAUCCUGUCCAGUAAACGAGAUGGAGCCAUUGCCAAUGCUGCCACAGUGUUAACGAACAUGGCCCUGCAGGAGCCCCUGCGCGGGGCCGUGCAGAGCCGAGGCGUCAUGCAGGCCAUCGUCAACCCUCUUCGCUCCGCCAACACCGUGGUGCAGAGCAGAGCGGCUCUCACUGUGGCUGCGACUGCCUGUGACGUCGAGGCCCGGACAGAGUUAAGAAAUGCUGGUGGGUUGGAGCCCGUGGUAGAGCUCCUGCGCUCGGACAACGCAGAAGUCAGAAGGCAUGCCAGCUGGGCGGUGGCGGUGUGCGCCAACGAUGAACUCACAGCCACCGAGUUGUGCAGGCUCGGAGCUUUAGAUAUCCUUGAAGAAAUUAAUCUAUCAGUAAGUCGAAAAAAUAAAUUCAGUGAGGUAGCUUACAACAAGCUGCUCAACAAUAACCUCUCGCUGAAAUACAGCCAGACUGGCUAUUUGUCAUCCAGUGACAUAAUUUGUGAUGGCUUCUAUGACUACGGCCGGAUAAAUUCUGGCACAAAACUUUUGCCUCUGAAGGAGCUCUGCUUACAAGAACUAAAUCAUCGGCGUGCUGUUCUCUUAAUUAACAGUAAAUCUUCCGAUAUUUCUCCACCUCCAUCUUUGGAAGAUAAAUCAGACAUUGGUUAUGGCCGAAGUAUUUCUUCUUCAUCUUCCUUAAGAAGGGCAAGCAAAGAAAAGACCAAUUCUCGUUUUAGUACUGGAUUUGGAUCUCCCACAGAAGAGAAAUCAGAGCCGACUUCUGGGCGAAAUACUGUUCUUAGCAAAAGCGCCACGAAAGAAAAAGGACCAAGGAAAGGCAGAGGAAGAAGAGAAGAGGAAAAAGCAAAAGAGGAGGAAGAGGUUCUGGCAGUACCAAAAUUGACUGGAGAAGGGACCCUUGAUAAAGAAUGGUACCCUCCCUCUGACCCUGACUUCUGUAUCUAUGUAUAUGAGGUGACCAAGUCAAUACUGCCCAUCACAAAUAUUAAGGAACAGAUCGAAGUUCUUGCCAAGUAUGUGGCAGAAAAAAUGGGUGGUAAGAUCGCAAAAGAGAAAAUGAUUUCUUUUGGUUGGGAACUCCACAUAAGUGAGCUAAAAUUCCAACUUAAAUCCAAUGUUGUGCCAAUUGGACAGAUCAAAAAAGGAAUCUUCUACCACCGGGCUUUGCUUUUCAAGGCUCUCGCGGAUCGGAUUGGCCUCAGCUGCUCUCUAGUUCGAGGGGAAUAUGGCCGAGCUUGGAAUGAAGUGAAGCUGGUGAAUGUGUCUCCUAAGGCAGCGACUGGGGGCUUCUCCCUGCCGGAUGUAUACAUUGUUGACCUCAUGUUCCAUCCGGGCGCACUGAUGAAGUUAGGAACUAAAGAGGCCGACCUCUACAGAUUUCUUUAAACUAUCAGAACACAAGGAGGGUUCGAACAGGAAAUGCACUAUAUAUACUUUCUAGAAAGUCCACCAAUUGAUUUUAUUUUCUGUAGAAAUGCGGACUCUUCGGUUGAGCUUUGAUGUCCUUCUGAUUUUUGGCUCUUAGCAAAGGUUCAGACAUACUAUUCUCACUGUUGCUCACAUAAAACUUAUUGUCAAAAUUAACCCAGCCCACCACUUGCUAAGGAGCACCUCUGCCACUAGGGACCACGUGUCAGCGCACACAGCGGCUGUUCUCCAGACAAUGCUGCAGCUGUGACUGCUCAAGAGCCUUCAGUUAAAAACAAAACAAAACUCACUGCUUUUCCAAUUUCUUCAGUCACCUAUCUCACUUUCGUUAAGAUUUUUGAUAGUUUCAGUAUUUGUACAUCUAUUUUGGUACUGUAUUACAAAUUCUACUCAAAAGUUUUGUUCAUAUUUUUAAAACGUAUUAAGAAUGCCGUUUCUAUUUUACUGAACAAUAAUCUUUCAAGCAGUAUUUCAAUAAAGAGUCUGUCUUAUCUGUGUUAACUUAGAAAGCUAUACAUUUAAAUAUUUUUACUGUAUUUGACUAAACAUGUCUGAUAUUUUGGAAAACUUGGAAGUAUAAAAAUAGAGCAAAUUUGCUGAGAAAUUGUAGUUUUAGUAUUGAGCGCAAAAGAGGGAGUAAAUAGACAUUUCAGGUGGUAAGGCCAAGGCAAGGAAUGUGAUGAAUUCCAUGGAGGGUGUAUUUCCUAGUCAGUCAUUAAACCUAAAGUUUACCUGCAGAAUUAUUUUCCUAGAGAGUGUUUUAAAAUGAGAUUUAAUUUAGAAAUGAAGGUGAACCUUAUUUUGUCUGAACCAAUCUAUAUUUAGAAAAGUAAUUCUUUCUUUCUGAAUUAAGUCCUUUAUUUCAAAUGGUGUGGUAAUUAUAUUUAUCACGUAAUUUCAUUACACUGGAGCACAGAUUAUAGGAUACAAACCUAUCUGUUUUAAUACAGAGAACUGUAACAAGAUAAAACUAAAUAAAACUCAGCCAUAUGUGUAAAAUCAGUAAGACCAGUGGUAAGCUUAGAUUUCAAAAUAUAUCCCAGGAAAUGUCAUGCAUUCAUUAGAAAUGAAUGAAAAUUUGAGUCUACUCUCCAGCACCCAACGCAGAGGAGUAUUGUUUCCGUUCUGUGAUUUCUGCCAGGGUCAGCUAGAUUAAAGCACGGAGCAGCUGCUUAUAGGGCAGCGAAGACGAGAGGGAUUUGUCUUUGGGAGAUUCAGAGAAAUGGCAAAUUGUACUGUAGAUAAUAACACUUUCAAAAAUCAAAUCUUCUCAAUUUCUGAAAAGAAUCUUUUCUAGGCCAAUGGCCUAGUAUCAAAGUAGGAUUAGGAAGAAGCUCUUCCAUGCAGAGCCACGAUAAUAUGGUUUGGUAGACACAUUGGGAGGGGCAAGUGCUAAGGAUCUUCUUCAGGAAUUACAUGCCAUGGCCUGGCAUAACAGUAAUGUGGCCAGAACUAGACCCAGACAAUAGGGGGCAGUGUCUGGAGCCACAGAGAUUUGAUUUAGGAUCUAACUGUGGGGAAAAUUCUGGAAACCCUGGCAACAGUUGUGGGUAUGAGGUUUCAAAACAAUUUAUAUCAAGCAAUUUGUAGUUGUUCUUCUAUCAGAAUCAAACCUCAAGUUUCACUUAUGGAGAUAAAAACAUUUCAUUAAAAUUGAUAUCUUUGAAAAUAGCUAUAACCUUAAGAGAGCUAUUAAUUACAUGGUAAAAUGGACAGUUGAGUAGAAUCCUCCUUCACAAGCUUUCAAUCUUUGUACAGCAUCAUAAAUGAGAGUCUGGCACUUGAGUGGCAGCGGCCGAAGUGCUUGAGGUAUCUGCCGAUGCUUUUGCAGGCACAGUAGCAGGGAGCUGAAUCGGAAGUGGAGCAGCCAGGACUCCAACCAGUGCUCAUAUGGGAUGCCAUCAUCACAAGCAGUGGCUUAACACACUGCACCACAAUGCUGGCCACUCUCUGACUUUCAAAUUAAAAAAAAAUCAAGAAACCUUUAUUAUUUAGAUGUUAUAUAACAGCAAUUAUAUGGGCUUUGGAAUCAGAGCUGAGAAUAAGCCUUGCCACUCCAUUUUUCUAACUAUGUGACCUUGAAAAAAUACUUUAACCUCUCUAUUCCUCAGUUUAUUGCUAUGAAAAAUGGAGAUAAACAAUAAUAGCACAUGCUUUACCAUGUACCUGGUGCUGUUCCAUGAAGUUUUAACUCUGCCAUUAACCAAGUGAUGUGACCCACAGUUAGCAAGUGAGAAGAGGGGUCGCAGUGAGGUAAAGUGACUUACCCAAGAUCACUCAUCUAAUAAGAGGCAAGGCUUUGAAUUUCAACAGUUUGGACCCAAAGGCUAAGAUCCCAACCUAUAAGCCUCAUAAAGCUGCUGUAAGGAUAAAAUAAAUGACAAGAGUGGGGCAGGGGCCAUAUGCAAGUGUGUUCAUGUGCUUAUAGUUAAGUUCAUUCCCUUCUGCUUACCUUUAGAUUGUUUUGAGAGAAUUCUUUGUUCUCUGUGUGGCUCUUCCUUUAGAUCCCUAUAUACAGUCAGACAGUAAGUAUUUUAGACUUUGUAGACCAUACAUUCUCUGUUGCAGCUACUACAUUCUGCUACUGCAGCACCAAAGCAGCCACAGUCGAUCCCUAGACAAUAAACAUGUGGCGGGACAGAUCUGGCUUGCUGGACACAGUUUGACAGUCCUAGCUUUACGUGAUGAGCACUUUGAGUGUAAGGACACGGGAGGCACCAAUCCUUGAAUUUUACUUUUCUUGGUUUCUCUUGGCUGAAAUAGUAAUCUGCUUGUUGUUAAUCCAAUGGAUGCCAUAGUAAAUGACUUAUUUUUCAACAAUGAUGAGGAAAAAUCUGACCUAUCUACAAAGGAAGUUAAAUCUUCCUAUCUUAUGUAUUUCUGUUGAGAAUUGUGAAAGAUCUGAGGUUUUACCUACUUACAAGCUAAAUGCCAUAGUUUUGUGGGUGUUGGCAUAAGACAUGAGAAAACUGGGUCACAGAUAAAGGACAUUUUCCACUCAUAGCACAGCAAGAAGCACAAGCCAGACUAUUUGUGUCCAUUUGUCUUGCUCCUUGACUCACAGAGACAACAUGGAUAGACCAAGAUGGACAUCUACAAAUGCGGUGGGCUGGAUUACAGAACCCUAAAUUGAUAGAUUCCAAAACUUUUAUAGUGGCCAGUAGGGGGCAUGCAGUGUUUGCUUCCAAGGCCACACUAACAUCCUUGAAAUGAUAAUCUGGAACAAAGGGGAGUUAGAAAGAUAUGCAAAGUUGCUCAGAGAAGGGUUUCCCAGCAGUUUCAUCAAUUCUUACAGUGUACACUUCACUUAGGCACUUCUCAUAUAUAAAGUAGAGAUGAUUGGCACAUAGUUAAUCAAGAUGUCUUUUAUAUAUACUACAUAUAUAUAUACACUUAUGACAGAAUUACAUAAGAUUGGUCACAAUGGAUCAGCUCAAUGACUGAUGAAGCCAAUUCUUUCUCUGGUAACACCAAAGGAGUAUUCAUGAGAAAGGAUGAUGGAUAUCUUCAUUGUCAUCCUGCUACACCCUCUUUCUAAAUUUUGUCAAAAAGUUUAAGUUGUAAUCCACAUCAAGCCUCACCUUCCUCCGAGAUUCUUCUGAUAUCCUUUGCUGAUGAAUUUCUUGAGCAGUGUGUUUGGCAUUCACUUUGGUAUUUUUUUUUCAUAUUCUUACUGCCUCGAUUUGCUAUUUUUCUUAAUGCAUAUGUAUGUUGUGUAGUGGUGAAGAGCAUACAUGGUCCUUGGAGUCAGAGACUUGGAUUUGAGUCCUAUUUCUUCCAUUCUCAGUUGUAGGAUCUUUAGCAAAUGCCUUGGUUUUCCUCAUC